GAAUUCAGAUGAUAGCCAGAGUCGCCCUAGUUCACAAGAUAGAAGCUUUGGCUCACAGUCUACUGUGCAAAUGCUUCUUCCAAAAGAUGAAUUCGAAGAAUCUUCAAGCCAGAGUUUGUCACAAGAUAGUUCUUGUCACUGGAACUCUCUUAGAAGCAUCUGGAGGCAAAUGGACCGCGAAGAUACAAUCACGAAUCCGAAUUCAUGUUCAGAAAAGGAGAAUUACCACAUUGAUAAUUUAAAACUUAAUGUCUUACUAAGCGAUGUAAACGAGUCUAUCGACUACUUGACAGCAUCAUUAAGUACACUAGGAGGAGCUAUGGAGUCUUCAAAACAAAAGGAUACAUUAGAGACUUCUGUGAAACUUGCUAAGCAAAUAUCUUAUGAAAAAGAGCUUCUUUCAAGAAAGCAGCCUUAUUUAAUUAAUUCCUUAGAUAGAGUGAAGAAUUUACAAAAGAGUGUUUCAGAGCGUAUGGACAGACUGUUGUCAAACAUUGAAAGAUCUCUGGCUGACGAGUUUACUUCGUGCAACUUACUGCCAACCGAUUCUUUUGAGAAACUGAAACAAUCAGUUGAACUUUACCGAAACAGCUUCAAAAAAAUAUCACCAGCAAAUAAGCUGCAUGAAACAAAAAGCCUCCAAACUCCAUCAGAUGUUAAAGUUUUUAAAAAGGAAGAAGAAAACAAACCUGAAAUUAGUGAUAUGUGGUCUGAGACUAAUGAACCUAUUUCAAGGACUCCAGUAAAUUCCAUGUUUUCUAGCGUGAAUUCUGCUGUUUCCGUACAUAUGAAAUUUCGAACACCACAUUCAGCAACAAAUAGAAAACCCAACGUUCGUACAGUGCAAAGACUGCCUUAUUCCAUUCAAACGCGAAUAGUAAAAAAGGAAAGUCCUGAUUCCUACAACAUUCGGACAACAGCUCAAUGCCUACAAAGAGGUAGCUCCAGUUGCCAACGCAAGACUACUCGUUACAUACCAUCUCCCGAUGGAACACCCGACAGCAGUGAUUGUAUAUCUUUAUCAAGUAUAAUCGAUCUAUAA